CAAUCAAGACAAGGAUGGCACUCUUGAAGCUCUACUUGACUCCUACGCUGCUGCUCCUGGCACUUUGCUGUUCCUUAUGGGAGGUCAGCCACUCAAUGCCGGUAAACAACAACAAAGGAGAGACGGACUCCUGUGUGUUUUAUGCACGGACACUCCUAGAAAACAUCACUGAUCUUCUAAUGCAGCCACAACUGUUUAGUGGAAUAAACUGCACAAGGCAGAACAUGGAGCUGAUAUCGGAGACCAACACGCCUACUGUGUGUUCCCCAACGAAUUCCACAUGCUCUGGGAUAAUUACACCGGCUUUUGAUAAGGACAAGUGUGUAAAGGAUAUGGGAAACGAUCUAAUCCACUACUACAGAUAUCUGUCAGCUCAGCCAGAUCCUGACAGCAUAAUUGGUCCUUCUGUUCUCCACAGCCUCAGAGAGCUCAUGGAGAACUGCUUUAAGUUGUCUCCACCAGAAAGUUCUACCUCAAAUCAGGCUGUUGUGGAGCGAUCAAGCAACUACAAUGAAAGACUGAGCCUUUGCAAAGUCCUGAAAGGCUUUCAGGUUCGCACCGUCACAAUCAACCGAGCCAUCAGCUACCUGAACCAUAUUAAACACACUAACUGAAUCCUCACAGACCUCCGUGGCAAGAAAUGGGCAUCAAGGAACCGCUCCUUAAACAAAUGAACCACACCAUGGUACUUUAAAAAAACAGCCAGCUCAAAGAGAAACACUGGAAUCU